UACAAAACUAUUGAAAAAAUUACAUUAAUUUAAGCAACUUUCGCAUCCUUUUGCUCCGCCCACUCAACACUGCUGUAAUGGUAAGUCCGUAUCCAACUGCCACAUAAUCCUGCCCAGCCGCCAACGUGUUCCCCACAAGCCAUUGCCCAGCGUCGUUGCAAGUUGAGAAAAAAAGAAAACUGACUGCCACACCGCCGCCGCCCGCCCACUUUGCUAGCGGCAAAUAAGAAAUAACAUAAAGAAAAGCAUAUCCAAGACACUACAUUAACGGCAUGUAUCCCUGGAGCUCAGCCUCGUACAGUGGCCAAGCAUUUACUGGCAGUGCAAACAUGACGAUGCCGAAUGGUUUGGAUGACCAGGAGAAAUUGCUCGCCGAAGCGGUGGGCUCGGCACGCAAACAGGCUUUCCAAAUGAAUCACUUUCUGGACAAGGAGCGCAUGUUGGAUGCGCUGAAAUGCGCCAGCACCAUGCUAAGCGAACUGCGCACCUCCAUGCUCUCGCCCAAAAGCUACUAUGAGCUAUACAUGGCCGUCACCAAUGAGCUGUGCCAUCUGGAGUUAUAUCUCAGCGAGAAGAGCUCCAAGGAGACAGAUCUCUACGAGCUGGUUCAGUACUCGCACACAAUUGUGCCACGUCUCUAUCUGCUCAUCACUGUGGGCAUUGUGUACAUAAAGAACGAUGCGACUUUAAAGCGCAGCAUACUCAAAGAUCUCGUCGAGAUGUGCCGUGGCGUACAGCAUCCGCUGCGUGGUCUUUUCCUGCGCAACUAUCUGCUGCAAUGCACACGCAACAUACUGCCCGAUGUGAUGGUGGCCGACAAUGAGCACGAGGGCAAUGUCUACGACGCCAUUGACUUUGUGCUCACCAAUUUUGCUGAAAUGAAUAAAUUGUGGGUGCGCAUGCAGCACCAGGGACACUCCAGCGAAAAGACGCGACGUGAAAAAGAACGUGAAGAGCUUAAGAUACUGGUGGGCACCAAUCUGGUGCGACUAUCCCAGCUGGAAUCGGCAACGCUAGAAACCUACAAGCGUCUUAUAUUGCCUGGCAUACUGGAGCAGGUGGUCAGCUGUCGCGAUGCCAUAGCACAGGAGUAUCUAAUGGAGUGCAUUAUACAAGUGUUUCCCGAUGAGUUUCAUUUGCAGACGCUUGAUCCGUUUCUCAAAUCCUGUGCACAGCUGGAAACGGGCGUGAAUGUGAAAAAUAUAAUCAUCUCGCUAAUUGAACGCCUAGCGGCUUAUAAUCAGCGCAGUGGCAGGACCGGCAAUGCUAUUGAUGCCAUCAUACCUGCCGAGGUGGAACUGUUUGAGGUGUUCAGCGUGCAGGUGGCAAACAUAGUGCAAACUCGCACAGAUAUGCCGCUGGAGGAUACCAUCUCACUGCAAGUGGCCUUACUUAGCCUAGCGCAAAAGGUUUAUGCCGAACGUGUUGAUUACGUGGACACAGUGCUGGGCACCACUGCACAAAUACUCGACCGCAUGAACAUGAACAACAUCUCACAUUUGUUGAGCGUCAACCAGGAACUCUCACGUUUGCUACGCAUCUGCAUUGAUUUUUAUAAUAACGCCUUAACCAUUAUACAGCUGCACAACUUUUGUCCAUUGCUUGAGAAGUUUGACUACACCUCGCGCAAGUCCUUGGCUUUGUAUUUGGUUAUGAACAUAUUGGAGAAUGAGACAACGGUGCCUACUGCCGACCAGGCAGAUAAUAUACUGACUAUUAUAACGCCGCUGAUCAAAGAUGACGACAACAGCAGCACAGCAGCGGCUAACAAUAAUGUAGAUCCAGAGGAGUUUGCCGAGGAACAAGGCGUAGUGGCGCGUUUUAUACAUCUUUUGAAAUCGGAUGAGCCGGAUAUGCAGUACAAGAUGCUGCAAAUAGCGCGCAAGCAUUUGGGCAACGGUGGCGGUCAACGCCUGAAGCAUGUGCUGCCGCCUUUGGUGUUUGCUGCCUAUCAGCUGGCAUAUAAAUACAAGGCCAUAGCUGCCGAGGAUGAGAACUGGGACAAGAAAUGCCAAAAGAUAGUGCAGUAUUGUCAUAGCACCAUAAGCGCGCUGGCCAAGGCGGAUCUACCAGACUUAGCGCUGCGUUUGUAUCUGCAGGGUGCGCUGGUUAUAGGCGAGAUACGCUAUACAAACCAUGAGACUGUCGCUUAUGAGUUCAUGACGCAAGCUUUCUCGUUGUACGAAGACGAAAUCUCAGAUUCAAAGGCACAGCUGGCAGCCAUAACGCUUAUAAUGUCCACCUUCGAGCAGAUGAGCUGCUUUGGCGAGGAGAACGCUGAGCCGUUGCGCACUAACUGCGCCUUGUCUGCGUCCAAGCUGCUUAAGAAGCCAGAUCAGUGUCGUGGCGUCGUAGCGUGUGCAGCGCUUUUCUGGAGUGGCAAAAAAAAUGGCGAGGAAAUGCGUGAUGAGAAGCGUACGCUGGAUUGUCUGAAAAAGGGAGCACGCAUUGCGUCGCAGUGCUUGGAUACGGGCGUGCAAGUUCAACUGUAUGUGGAGCUGCUUAAUCACUAUUUGUUCUACUUUGAGCGCGGCAAUUCGUUGAUAACAGUCGCCAUGCUGAAUCAACUUAUAGCCAAGGUCAAUGAGGAGCUGCCAAACCUGGAGCCUAGCGAGGAGACCAAACAGAUUGAGAGCCAUUAUAAGAACACGCUGGCGCAUUUGAAGAGUCGCAUGGAGUCUACGGAUAGUGCGCUGGAAGUAUCCUUUGCUGGCAUUACACUCAACUAGUGUUCCAAGCUAAUGCUCUCAACUAAGUGUGCAUGUGUGCGUCUGCCUGUGUGUCUGUCUGUCUGCGUGUGUGUGCAUGUCUUUAUAUAUGUUUGUUAGCGCGUGUAUGCAUCUAAAUUCCAUAAACAAAAAAACAUACUGUA